UUCCAGCUGGAUCAAAGCCGCACACGUCCGGUGGUUUCUGCGCGGCACGCCAAGUUGCCGACUAGGGUUCUUUCAGUCUCCGAGUUCCUUCAAGCGUAAACACCUCGACAACUCAAGUUAUUCGUCAUGAGCUCAAGAGGUGUCUACCGAGAUGUGUGUGGCAUCUACCUGUCCUGGCCAUUCCGGGAUCACAUCAUCGAAGAAGUGCUCGCUUACAAGCCAAAACCAGGGGAUGUGUUCGUCGUCUCCUACCCGAAGUGUGGCACAACAUGGACGCAGCACAUACUCUACGCCAUAUUUAACGACGGCAUGUCACCAAAAAACAUGGAAGAAUUCAUGACGAGGUCGCCCUUCAUGGAGAUGAUAGGCGUAGGAGCCGUGGAGUCGAUGACACGACCCGGAGCCAUAAAGACGCACCUUCCUUUCUCAAAGCAGCCGUACUCUCCGCAGGCCAAAUACGUAUACGUGAGCCGCAACCCGUAUGACUGCUGCGUGUCCUACUUCUACCACUGCAAGUCAUUUCUCUACCACCUCACCGAUGCUACCUUCGAUACGUUCUUCAAUAUGUUCCUCGAAGGUAGAGUAGAGUUUGGAGACUACUUCGAUCACCAGAUUUCCUGGUACGACCACAGGAACGACGACAACGUGCUUUUCAUCACCUACGAAGAACUCAAGAAGGACCCGCGAGCCGGAAUCGUCAAGAUCGCCGAUUUUCUGGGGGACGAAUACGGCAAAAAGCUUCGAGAAGACCCACAGCAUUUGGAACGGGUGCUAGAUGCGUCCAGCCUAAAGAACAUGAAGGGUUCAACGAGGAAUUUACGAAGUGGGCCUGAGAAAGCCAAGGUGAUAUUGGAAGCGACGGGGAGGUACCGGGAGCCGGACGCCGAAAUGCGGGAAGUGUUGGCAAAGCCGAUGACUGGAGAGUUCGUGCGCAAGGGUAUCAUCGGGGAUUGGAAGAACCACUUCACGCCGGACCAAAUAAAGCGUAUGAAAGAGAGGAUAGCAUUCAAGACGAGCAACAGUACUCUGAUGAGUCUGUGGAAAGAUGUUGAUCUCCCGAGACUUCUCGCCAUGAGUGCCUGUGGCGUAUAUCGUGAGCAAGAUGGCCUCUACAUCAGCUGCAUAUUCCAAGAGCCUGUCAUCAAAGAAGGUCUCGCCUACAAGCCCAAACCGGGUGACGUGUUCAUAGUCUCCUACCCGAAGUGUGGCACCACAUGGAUGCAGCACAUUGUCUACGCCAUCUACAACGAUGGCAUUCCACCCAAGGACAUGGACGACUUCAUGAAAAGGGCCCCUUUUCUUGAGUUGCUGGGGACCGCUGCUGUGGAGUCCAUGCCACGUCCCGGUGCCAUCAAGACUCACUUACCGUAUCACCUGCAGCCCAUGUCUCCGAAGGCCAAGUACAUUUACGUCACCCGAAAUCCUUACGACUGCUGCGUUUCGUUCUACCAUCACACUAGGUCUUUCCCAGCCUACCGAUUCGCCCAAGAGCCCUUCGACAAGUUUUUUGACAUGUUUGUCGAGGGCAAAGUUGACUUCGGCGACUACUUUGACCACCAGAUCUCCUGGUACGACCACAGAAACGACGACAACGUCCUUGUCAUCACCUAUGAAGAGCUCAAAAUGGAUCCCCGUGCCGGAAUCGUGAAGAUUGCUGACUUCCUCGGGGAGAGUUAUGGUAAGAAACUCCGGGAGCAACCGGAAGUUUUAGAGAGGAUUCUCAACACCACCAGCCUGAACACCAUGAAGGGAUUCAACGAGGAAUUCAAGAAAUGGACGGAGAAGGCUAGCCGACUUUCAUUGGACAGACGAGCAAGACAAAUACCAAUGUCUGCGCAAGUUGCCGAGGACUUGAAGAAGCCGAUGACCGGUGACUUUGUGAGGAAGGGAAUUGUCGGCGACUGGAAGAACCACUUCACGGCCGACCAGAUUAGGCGCAUGAAAGAGAGGAUCGCCGAAAAAACUAAGGGCAGUACAGUCAUGAGUCUUUGGGACGGCAUUGAUCUUCCAUAA